AUAACCAUGUAAUUAUAAUAAAUAAAUAUCCCCUCCACAGUGUUGAGUUUUCCCUCGCUGGUACCAAACUCACCAAGAACGACAAUGGAGAAGAAGAAAGGCAUGAAGAACAUCUUCAAGAAGCUUCACAUAGGCACCAAUCACGAUCCAAAUCGAUCAUCAAACGAACCACCACAAUCAUCAACUACCGCAUCAUCAUCAUCUUACGCCACCGCCGACCACCGUACACCGUCAACCGCCACCGGUCAACCCUCCCUUCAGUCGCCGUCUGCUGCCGCAAGUCCUCCGCAGGCGUCUCCUACCGUCAGUGUUACUACUCGUCAACCGCAGGAUUAUUAUUCCUCCGAAGAGGAGUAUCAGGUCCAGCUAGCCCUAGCUUUGAGCGUGUCGAAUUCGGAGUCCAGAGGUGAUUAUUCGGAUAGUGAUCAGAUCCGUGCGGCGAAGUUGUUGAGUUUAGGGCAGCAUAAUAGUGGUGGUCAUGUGGUUGAUAGAGGUGAUGGUGCUGCUGAUAAGUUGUCUCGGCAGUAUUGGGAUUACGGCCUCCUUGAUUAUGAGGAGAAAGUAGUGGAUGGUUUCUAUGAUGUAUAUGGGCAUUCAACAGAAACAGGGAAAAUGCCAUCAUUGUUGGAUCUUGAAACAGACGCUGGUAGUUCAGGUUUCGAAGUAAUCGUAGUUAACAAAACAGUUGAUCCGGCCUUAGAAGAGCUGUUGCAGGUAGCUCACUGUAUUGCAUUAGACUGCCCUCCUGCUGAGGUAAAUCUUUUAGUGCAGAGGCUUGCUGAACUUGUGACAGAACACAUGGGUGGGCCAGUGCGAGAUGCUAAUAUCAUUUUGGCAAGAUGGAUUGAAAGAAGCACAGAGUUGAGGACGUCUCUUCAUACCAGUAUAUACCCUAUUGGAUCCUUAAGAGUUGGCUUGUCACGUCAUCGCGCUUUGCUUUUUAAGGUACUGGCUGAAAGUGUUGGAAUAACCUGUAGGCUUGUCAAGGGUAGUCACUAUACUGGUGUUGAGGAUGACGCAGUCAACAUUAUCAAGUUGGAUAAUGAAAGGGAAUUUCUGGUUGAUCUGAUGGCAGCCCCUGGAACACUUAUACCUGCAGAUAUAUUCAGUGCCUCUAAGGAUUCUUCCUUGAAAUCAUACAUGCCAAAAUCCAACAAACUUCCAGAUUUUGGGCUUACUUCAAACCAUUUUAAAAAUGGUCAAAACAUUGAGAUGCAAAAUGGUGCUGUUGAAGAACCUUUGAUAUCAUUGACAAGCACUAGCGACACCGUUGUUGGUGCGUCUCCAGCAGCAGGGAAAAGAGUGUCGCCUUCUAGUCAGUUGGAUCAUAUUCCCUCAUCAGCAAUUGGCAGUUCUCUGUAUAAAGGCGGCCGUGGGCCGAAUGCAGUUGGUGGUGGCUUAAGAAUGAAUGUUAAUAUCGUCCCAUAUAAUAAUAAUACUCAGAGCAGUGUGGAGGAUAAUAAAAACCUUUUCACAGAGCUUAAUCCGUUCCAGAUUAAAGGUUCCGGGAAGGCUUCGAUGCAGAAUAAUUCUGCUGAAAAUAAAAACGAGAGGACAAAAAACAAUCAAGUCUCUGGUCGACCUCCUGUACCAUUAAUGUGGAAGAACCGUCAUGCUAUUAACGAAGCACCAAGGAAAAAGGAGCAUGAAGAAUACAAACGUGUAACUAAUGAUUUUACCAUGCCGGCCUCCACCAGUGAAAAUAAUGAGAGUGUUUCUUCAAAUGCAUCUGAGUCUGAAGCUGCAUGGGCUGAGUGGAAAAACUAUAGAUUGUCUUUAGAGGUGGUAGGUAAUAAUAGCAAUGCGUUCCCCAGGAAUAAGAGGUUGGACCAGGAGAAAGUGCAUGUGAUCAGCGGGCAAGACGUUAAAAAGACCUCGGAAUAUCUAAACAACCAAACGUUGGCAAUACCUGAAAGCUCAACCUCAUCGGUUCCACCUCAGAUUGAUCCUGUUAUAGAUGAUGUUGGAGACUGUGAAAUUCCAUGGGAAGAUCUGGUUAUUGGUGAAAGAAUUGGACUAGGCUCAUAUGGUGAGGUUUAUCAUGCUGAUUGGAAUGGCACUGAAGUGGCAGUGAAGAAGUUCCUUGAUCAGGAUUUUUCAGGUGCGGCUUUAGCGGAGUUCAGGAGAGAAGUCCGCAUUAUGCAGAGGUUACGCCAUCCGAAUGUUGUGCUUUUUAUGGGCGCUGUUACUCGCCCUCCAAAUCUUUCAAUUAUCACUGAGUUUUUGCCCAGAGGAAGCUUAUACCGGAUCAUUCAUCGCCCACAGUGCCAAAUUGAUGAAAAGCGUAGAAUCAAAAUGGCUCUUGAUGUGGCAAAAGGGAUGAAUUGCUUGCAUACAAGCGUUCCAACUAUAGUUCACCGUGACUUGAAAUCACCAAAUUUGUUGGUUGAUGAGGAUUGGAAUGUCAAGGUAUGCGAUUUCGGGUUGUCACGCUUGAAGCAUAACACAUUUUUAUCAUCCAAGUCAACAGCGGGAACGCCUGAGUGGAUGGCACCUGAAGUUCUACGGAAUGAAAAUUCAAAUGAAAAGUGUGAUGUGUAUAGCUUUGGCGUUAUACUGUGGGAACUUGCAACCCUAAGACUGCCUUGGAGCGGAAUGAACCCAAUGCAGGUUGUGGGUGCUGUUGGCUUCCAAAAUCGCCGCUUGGACAUCCCCAAGGAUGUCGACCCAUUGGUCGGAAGAAUAAUCUGGGAGUGCUGGCAAACGGACCCGAAUUUAAGGCCUUCUUUUGCGCAACUAACAGUAGCUCUGAAGCCAUUGCAGCGGCUGGCGGCUUCUUCACAAAUUGAUCAGCCAGGAAAUAUUUAAGUCAGUUGUUCAACCAUCUCCCAUGUUUAUAAAAUGAGUAUAUAAUAGGAAAAAAGGGAGUGAAACAAUAAUUUGUAUACAUAUAUAUUUUUUGGGUGUUAUGUAAAUACGGUUUGUGAUUACCAUAUCGUGUUGUGUUCUCCAUGCUUUGUAAUUUUUUAUGUCCGAGGGUGAUCGUUAACUUUUGAAGUCGUAUCUUUUCUAUUUUAAAUAAGAACUGUUAAAUCC